GAAUAUUAACAUCCCCCAUCCUUUCCAAAUCCAGCACCUCAAUAUUUAGGUUGAGAAGAAAAUUGCCUGCUGGUGCAGAUUCUAAGCUGAGCAUUCUGGGAGAAGAUUUUCUUGCAGCAGAUGAGAGAAUACUUUGUGCCUGGCACUAGGAGCUGCAGUAGGGUGCUUUUUUUCUUUUUCUUUUUUGGCUUCAGAAAGAUUUGAGAACAUUAACAAAUGGAAAUCAAGGCAGCUUAGUUAGGAAUGCUGGAUUUUUUAUCUGUUUGUUUUUCGAGCAUUUUAGAAAGGAUUCUGCUAGGCAUGGCUGCAUUAUGAGGUGUGGCUCUUCCUGAUAUCUUCAAAGGAUUUUUGGCAUUCUUCUACAUAAGCGUAGAAUAUAGUGGUAUUAAAUCUUAAUAGAUAUAUACUGCUGGAGUGGCUGAAGAAAACCAUGCUAGUGAAAUAAAGGAAUAUAUUUUGGAAACAAAUACAUUAGCUGGAAGGGCUGGCUGCAGAGAAAUUGUAAUGGGUUGCACGACUAGUGUUAUUUUAUUUAAAGGUAUUCGUACAGUUAUUGAGAGAAACUGUUCAUAUAUUUGCAAACAUCAAAGAGAAAAUAAAGCUCUGGAAUAUACAGCAAAUAGCUUAACAAAAGAAGACUCUGGGAUACUGAUCCAUUCAUUUUUGGCAAAACCAAAGGUAAUAGAGCCGAUAGACUAUGAAAAUAUAAUUGUUCAGAAGAAAACUCAAAUAAUCAACGAUGGCUUGCGUGAGCUGCUACUUUUUCCAUAUGAUGAUUUCCAGACUGCAGUAUUGAAACGACAACAUCAGUAUGUAUGUUCUACAAUUCCAGAGAAUGCAGAGAAAGAGGCUUGUAGCUUAUUUGUAAUGGAGUGUAUUAAGACAUACAUCUCUGACUGGCAUGUUGUCAAUUUCAAAUAUGAAGAUUACUCAGGAGACUUUCGGCAGCUUCCAAACAAAGGGAACAGAUUAGAAAAGCUUCCAGUUCAUGUUUUUGAAGUUGAUGAAGAAGCAGAUAAGGAUGAGGAUGCUGCAUCUCUAGGAUCUCAAAAGGGUGGACUUACAAAACAAGGAUGGUUAUAUAAAGGGAACAUGAACAGUGCAAUCAGUGUUACUAUGAGGUCAUUCAAAAGAAGAUUUUUUCAUCUCCUUCAACUUGGUGAUGGAUCAUAUAAUCUUAAUUUCUACAAAGAUGAAAAAAUAUCAAAAGAACCAAAAGGCUCAAUUUUUUUGGAUUCCUGCAUGGGAGUUGUCCAAAACAAUAAAGUCCGGCGUUUUGCCUUUGAGCUCAAGAUGCAGGACAAAAGUAGCUAUCUACUUGCGGCAGAUAGUGAAGCAGAAAUGGAAGAAUGGAUUACAACUCUAAACAAAAUUCUCCAAUUAAAUUUUGAAGUAGCAAUGCAAGAAAAGAGAUAUGAGGACUCACAUGACGAAGAUGAACAAAACAGGAUGGACAGCGCAUCUGGUUUAGAUACUUACCUUCCUGAAAUUGCAAAGAGUUGCAGAGAUUCUGAAUUCAAAUUCAGAAAUGAAAGCAGGGUUAAGCUCUUUGCACUGGACCCAGAUGCACAGAAACUAGACUUCUCUGGUAUUGAGCCUGAAGUAAAGCCAUUUGAAGAGAAGUUUGGGAAGAAAAUCCUGGUGAAGUGCAAUGACUUAUCUUUCAAUCUACAAAGCUGUGUGGCUGAAAACGAAGAGGGACCAACAACAAAUGUAGAGCCAUUUUUCAUCUCACUGUCACUAUUUGACGUUAAGCAUAAUCGGAAGAUUUCAUCAGAUUUCCAUGUUGAUUUGAAUCAUAGCACAGUGAGACAUAUGCUAGCUAAUACGUCACAGGAGUUGUUGAAUGGGAGUUGUGAUUGCUUACAUCCAAUUCAGGAUAUUAUUUCAGAUGUUAUACUACAAUAUCCCAAACAAGGAAUAUUCUCAGUAACGUGUCCACACCCAGAUAUAUUUCUAGUGGCCAGAAUAGAAAAAGUUCUACAAGGGAGCAUUACUCACUGUGCUGAGCCAUAUAUGAAAAGUUCUGAUUCUUCUAAGGUUGCUCAAAAGGUUCUGAAAAAUGCAAAACAGGCUUGCCAACGUCUAGGGCAGUACAGAAUGCCAUUUGCAUGGGCAGCCAGAACACUGUUUAAGGACAUGGCUGGAACACUGGACAAAAGUGCAAGAUUUUCUACACUUUACAAACAAGAUAGUAACAAACUUUCAAAUGAAGACAUGCUUAAAUUGUUAGCUGAUUUCAGAAAGCCUGAAAAGAUGUCUAAGUUGCCAGUUAUUUUAGGAAAUCUAGACAUAACAAUUGAUAAUGUUUCUCCAGACAUACCAAAUUUUGUUAAUUCAUCAUACAUUCCCAUGAAACAGUUUGAAAACAGUUCCAAGGCAGUAGUAACGUUUGAAGUAGAGGAAUUUGUUCCCUGCAUACCAAAACAUACUCAGCCUUUCACCAUCUACAACAAUCACCUUUAUGUUUAUCCAAAGCACUUGAAAUAUGACAGCCAGAAGUCGUUUGCAAAGGCAAGAAAUAUUGCAGUGGGCAUAGAAUUCAGAGAUUCUGAUGAUGAGGAUUCUCGGCCCCUCAAGUGCAUCUAUGGCAGACCAGGGAGUCCAAUAUUUACAAGACAAGCCUUUGCUGCAGUUCUGCAUCAUCAUCAAAACCCAGAAUUUUAUGAUGAGGUAAAAAUAGAAUUGCCCACACAGCUGCAUGAAAAACACCAUUUAUUGUUUACCUUCUAUCAUGUUAGUUGUGACAGUUCAAGUAAAGGCACCACAAAGAAGAAGGACAUAAUUGAAACACAAGUUGGAUAUUCUUGGCUUCAGUUAUUAAAAGAUGGCAGAGUGGUGACAAGUGAACAACAUAUACCAGUAGCUGCUUAUCUUCCAAGUGGAUAUCUUAACAGUCAAGAGACAGGCAUGAGCAAACAUUCUGGCCCUGAAAUUAAAUGGGUAGAUGGAGGCAAACCACUGCUGACAAUUUCAACUCACCUAGUUUCCACUGUAUAUACACAGGACCAGCAUUUAAACAAUUUCUUCCAUUACUGUCAAAAAACUAUGUCUGGUGCUCAAGCUUUAGGAGCUGACCUUGUGAAGUAUCUUAAGAGCCUUCACGCUAUGGAGGGACAUGUCAUGAUAGCAUUUCUGCCUACUAUUUUAAACCAAUUAUUUAGAGUUCUUACAAGAGCAACUCAGGAAGAUGUUGCAGUGAAUGUGACAAGGGUUAUUAUCCAUGUGGUUGCCCAUUGUCAUGAAGAAGGAUUGGAUAGCUAUUUGAGAUCCUAUGUCAAGUACGUUUUUAAAGGAGAAACUUAUAUUGCUUCAGAAUAUAAAACUGUACAUGAAGAACUUGCCAAAACCAUGACAACAAUCUUGAAGCCAUGUACUGACUUCCUCACAAGCAACAAGCUGCUUAAGUAUUCCUGGUUUUUCUUUGAAAUUUUGAUCAAAUCAAUGGCCCAGCACCUCCUGGAAAAUGCUAAAGUAAAGUUGCUAAGAAAUCAGCGAUUUUCAGCAUCAUUUCAUCAUGCUGUGGAAACUGUUGUCAAUAUGCUGAUGCCCCACAUUACUCAAAAAUAUAAGGAUAACCCAGAAGCAUCAAAGAAUGCAAACUAUAGUCUUGCUGUCUUCAUAAAACGAUGUUUCACCUUUAUGGACAGAGGAUUUAUAUUCAAGCAAAUUAACAACUAUAUUAGCUUCUUUGCUCCAGGAGAUCCAAAGGCUCUUUUUGAAUUCAAAUUUGAAUUUCUCCGAGCAGUAUGUAAUCACGAACAUUACAUUCCUUUAAAUCUUCCUAUGCCAUUUGGAACAGGAAGGAUUCAGAGAUAUAGAGAUCUUCAGCUAGACUACUCCUUAUCGGAUGACUUCUGCAAGCAUCACUUUUUGGUGGGACUGCUUCUAAGAGAGGUGGGAAAUGCACUGCAGGAAUUCAGAGAGAUACGACAAAUUGCAAUUGGAGUUUUGAAGAAUCUAAUGAUAAAACAUUCUUUUGAUGACAGAUACGCUUUAAAGAGUCAUCAAGCAAGGAUAGCGACCUUGUAUCUGCCAAUAUUUGGUCUACUGAUAGAAAACGUUCAUCGAAUUGAUGUCAAGGAUAUUUCACCCUUCCCUGUCAAUGCUCCUAGCAGUAAUGCAAAGGAUGAAUCACUUAAUUUACCAACUGCAAAUCCAUUGAUGACUCCACAAAAAUCUGUGAAUGCUCUUGACAGCAGCCUCCAGAAAGAUUUGUUUGCAUCCCCAUAUACUUGUUCCACUCCUAAUGUUAAUUAUGUGAGGAAUGCAGAUUCUAGAGGCUCUCUUAUAAGUACAGAUUCUGGAAAUAGUCUCCCAGAAAAACAUGGUGAAAAGAACAAUUCACUAGACAAGAACCAGCAGGCUUGCAUUUCAGGAAGUUCAGUUGUUCGUUGUGAUAAACUUGAUCAAGCUGAGAUAAGGAGUUUACUGAUGUGCUUCCUUCAUGUUUUAAAAAGCAUGACAGAUGAUGCUCUGUUUACAUAUUGGAACAAGGCCUCAACAUCAGAACUUAUGGAUUUUUUUACUCUUACGGAAGUAUGCUUGCAUCAAUUUCAGUACAUGGGGAAGCGAUACAUUGCUAGGAACCAGGAGGGGUUGGGACCCAUAGUUCAUGAUCGAAAAUCUCAGACAUUGCCUGUUUCCCGUAACAGAACAGGGAUGAUGCAUGCCAGAUUACAGCAGCUGAGCAGCCUGGAUAACUCUCUCUCAUUUAGCCACAGUUAUGGCCAUUCAGAAGCAGAUGUUCUUCACCAGUCCUUACUUGAAGCCAAUAUUGCCACUGAAGUGGGUCUUACGAUUCUGAAUACUUUAUCUUUGUUCACAGUGGCAUUUAAGAAUCAGUUGCUGAAGGAUGAUGGUCAUAAUCCUCUGAUGAAAAAAGUAUUUGAUGUAUACAUUUGCUUUCUACAAAAGAAUCAGUCAGAAACAGCUUUAAAAAAUGUUUUCAAUGCUUUGAGGACAUUAAUUUUUAAGUUCCCUUCUACAUUUUAUGAAGGGCGAGCUGAUAUGUGUUCUUCACUAUGCUGUGAAAUUUUAAAGUGCUGCAAUUCCAAACUAAGUUCAAUUCGAACUGAAGCAUCACAGCUCCUUUAUUUCUUAAUGAAGAAUAAUUUUGAUUAUACUAAAAAGAGAUCAUUUGUAAGGACACAUUUACAGGUUAUCAUUUCUGUGAGUCAGCUGAUUGCAGAUGUUGCUGGAAUUGGAGGAACCAGAUUUCAGCAGUCCCUUUCCAUUAUUAAUAACUGUGCAAACAGUGACAAAUAUAUUAAGCACACUACCUUUCCUUCUGAUGUAAAAGAUUUGACCAAACGCAUCCGUACAGUCCUAAUGGCUACUGCACAAAUGAAAGAACAUGAAAAUGAUCCAGAAAUGCUAGUGGAUCUUCAGUAUAGUCUGGCCAAGUCUUACGCUAGUACGCCUGAGCUCAGGAAAACCUGGUUGGAUAGCAUGGCAAAAAUUCAUGUUAAAAAUGGAGAUUUUUCAGAGGCAGCAAUGUGCUAUGUUCAUGUAGCAGCUUUGGUGGCUGAAUACCUUCUACGGAAAGGAAUGUUUAGACAAGGUUGUAGCAGCUUCAGAGUAAUCACUCCAAAUAUAGAUGAAGAGGCCUCAAUGAUGGAAGAUGUGGGAAUGCAAGGGGUUCACUUUAAUGAAGAAAUAUUGAUGGAAUUAUUAGAACAAUGUGCAGAUGGUCUUUGGAAGGCUGAACGUUAUGAACUGAUUGCUGAUAUAUUUAAACUUAUAAUUCCUGUUUAUGAAAAACGAAGAGAUUUUGAGAAGUUAGCUCAUCUCUAUGACACAUUGCACCGGGCAUAUAGCAAAGUUACCGAAGUUAUGCACACAGGAAAGAGAUUGUUGGGAACGUAUUUCAGAGUUGCCUUUUUCGGACAGGCAGCGCAAUACCAGUUUACAGACAGUGAAACAGAUGUGGAGGGAUUCUUUGAAGAUGAGGAUGGAAAAGAAUAUAUUUACAAAGAACCUAAGCUCACAUCUCUUUCAGAAAUUUCCCAGAGGCUACAAAAGCUCUACUCAGAUAAAUUUGGAUCUGAAAAUGUCAGGAUGAUCCAGGAUUCUGACAAAGUAAAUCCUAAGGAUUUGGACUCAAAAUAUGCUUAUAUUCAAGUUACACAUGUAGUUCCAUACUUUGAAGAAAAGGAAUUGCAGGAGAGAAAAACGGAGUUUGAAAGAAAUCACAAUAUCCGCCGAUUUAUGUUUGAGAUGCCUUUUACUCAGCUGGGUAAAAGACGAGGUGGAGUGGAAGAGCAAUGUAAACGACGCAUCAUUCUUACAGUUAUAAAUUGUUUUCCAUAUGUAAAAAAGCGGAUUCCCAUAAUGUAUCAACAAUACAAAGAUUUAAAUCCAAUUGAAGUAGCCAUUGAUGAAAUGAAUAAAAAAAAUGCAGAACUCCGGCAACUUUGUUCAUCAACUGAAGUUGAUAUGAUUAAACUUCAAUUAAAGCUGCAGGGUAGUGUUAGUGUCCAGGUUAAUGCUGGUCCAUUAGCAUAUGCAAGAGCUUUCUUGGAUGAUACAAGCACCAAAAGAUAUCCAGACAAUAAAGUCAAAUCAUUGAAGGAAAUUUUCAGACAAUUUAUUGAAACUUGUGGGCAGGCUCUAGAAGUAAAUGAACGACUUAUAAAAGAAGAUCAGAUAGAAUAUCAAGAAGAAAUGAAAGCUAACUAUAGAGAGAUGGCAAAAGAACUCUCUGAAAUUAUGCAUGAGCAACUGGGAUGUGUUCUCAGCCUGUGUGUUAAGACACCCUUUUUUCUUUUUAAGAUUACUGCUGUGGAAGAAAAGGCCAAUGCAAUGUCCAACUCACUACACAUUUUCAAUGCCAUUAGUGGGACAGCAACAAGCACAACAGUUCAUGGGAUACCCAGCUCUUCUUCAAUUGCAUAACUGUUUUAUACAUGAAAGUACCUUAACUUUGGAAAAAGAGGGUUUGGGGAUAGCUUGCUAACUCAGGAUAAAAUCAAAAAUUGUGAAAGAACUAUGCAGAUUCUAGCUAUUAUAUCAGUCAGGUAUAAGAAAAUAAGACAUCAAAAGUGCACAUAUUUUAUACUAUGCUUGCAAUAUUAUAUGUUCUGAGAAGUAUUUAGGAAAACUGAUCAUAUAAGGAUUUCAUGAAGUGAAUGGCACAAUGUAGGCAGAUUUGGAACAUGUGUGUAGACACAAACUUAUGAGAGUGUUGCUGAAGUUAUGCACAUAUGAUUAAAGUAUUAACCACUAUGGACUAAAUAAGCACUAAACAGAGGUAUUAAAUGUAAGUAGAAGUAGCUUUUUAUAAUGUUAACUAACAGUUGUGCUCUAUUUUGUAAUUUACUGGCAUUUUGGAGAGCUUAUAAGCUUAACAUGAAUCAAGCAUUUGCUUCCAAUCAAAGGUGAUUACAUGAUAUUAUCUUAAAUAAUAAAUAUAAAAGUUUGUUAAUACAGCUUAUAAGGUCUAUAUAAAUGUAUUGCAUUUUAAAUAUUUUUAAUAUUCAUACUCACUUUCACCCUUUUACAAUUGUGAUGGAUUCAUGUUCAUUCCAAGUUAAUGCUCUAUUUUCUUUUACAUUUUAUUUGUAUAUAUAUAAAGUGCAAUAUGAAGUUGUAUACACUUUCUGUAACAUUAUGCACUGUUUAAAAAAAAACAACCUUAUUUUGCCAAAGUGAUGGAAUAUAAAAAUGGUGAUAACUACUGUGGAAAUGGUGAUGUAAUUUAAGGCUUUUGCUAUAUUGCUUGAAGACAUGAAUAAUUUUAUACUGGAGAAAAGAUAAAGGUUUUAAUUUUAUUUAACUGGAAUCACUGUUCUGCUGUAAUUAAACAUUAUGUAUAACAUCUAUAUUUUUUAAAAAAGUUAAUUUAUGUGCAAUUUAUUUGGAUCUUUUUAUUUUGCAAAAUGUAUCACUAAAAUCAAGUAUUACAUUAUUUUAAUAAAUGAUAUUUUCAUAUUCUUUUUUUGGACAUAUUUGGCUUAGGUUUUGUGCUGUUCUUAAGAUUUGCAAUAAAUGAUAUUACUCAUAUGUGUAA